CAGGAACCCCCAGUGCUGUGUCCACAUUCUAGAGGGGAAGUUUGCUGGGACCCUGGUACCACCUUGCCAGUGGAAUGUCAGCCACACUGGAUCUGAAAUCGAAGGAGGAGAAGGAUGCUGAGUUGGACAAGAGGAUCGAGGCUCUUCGGCGAAAAAAUGAGGCCCUCAUCCGGCGCUACCAGGAGAUUGAGGAGGACCGGAAAAAAGCCGAACUCGAGGGAGUGGCCGUGACAGCUCCCCGGAAGGGCCGCUCGGUGGAGAAGGAGAACGUGGCAGUUGAGGCGGAGAAAAACUUGGGUCCCUCUCGGAGGUCUCCUGGGACCCCACGACCCCCAGGGGCCAGCAAGGGAGGCCGGACACACCCCCAGCAGGGAGGCCGGGCAGGCAUGGGCCGGGCGGCCCGCAGCUGGGAGGACAGUUCUGGGGAGCAGUCUCGAGGAGGAUCUGGGGGCCGUGGCCGGAGGGGCCGGGGCAGGGGGUCCCCUCAACUCUCAGGAGCUGGAGAUGCCUCAGCUGCCGACCGCAAAUCUAAGGAGUGGGAGGAGCGGCGCCGGCAGAACAUCGAGAAGAUGAACGAGGAGAUGGAGAAGAUAGCAGAGUAUGAGCGCAACCAGCGGGAAGGUGUGCUGGAGCCCAACCCAGUGCGGAACUUCCUGGACGACCCCCGGCGACGCAGCGGACCCCUGGAGGAGCCUGAGCGGGACCGCCGGGAAGGCAGCCGCCGUCAUGGGCGCAACUGGGGGGGGCCCGACUUCGAGCGGGUGCGCUGCGGCCUGGAGCAGGAGCGGCAGGGCCGCCGGGCCGGCCUGGGUGGCGCUGGUGACAUGACGCUGUCCAUGACGGGCCGCGAGCGGUCGGAGUAUCUGCGCUGGAAGCAGGAGAGGGAGAAGAUCGACCAGGAGCGGCUGCAGAGACACCGCAAGCCCACUGGCCAGUGGCGGCGGGAGUGGGAUGCUGAGAAGACUGAUGGCAUGUUCAAGGAUGGGCCAGCUGCUGACCCUGAACCAUCCCACCGCUAUGAUGACCAGGCCUGGACUCGGCCCCCCAAGCCCCCCACUUUCAGGGAGUUCCUGUCCCAGCACAAAGCUGAGGUCAGCCGCAGGAGGAGGAAGAGUAGCCGACCCCAGACCAAGGCAGCCCCUCGUGCCUACAGUGACCAUGAUGACCGCUGGGAGACUGAGGACACAGUGUCCCCAGCCCCUGAGGCCCCACAGCCCGCUCCACCUGAGGAGACGCCCUCGCAGCCACCCGAGACCCCAGCUCCUCCUGCCCACCGGCCCCCUGAGGAUGAGGGGGAGGAGGACGUGGGGGAGGAGGAUGAGGGGGAGGAUGAGGAGUGGGAAGACGUGAGUGAGGAGGAGGAAGAGGAGGUCGAGGAAGAAGAAGAGGCUGAUGAGGAGGAAGAAGAACCAGCCCAAGGCCAUGAACCCCAAGAGGCUGAGCCCACCGGAAGCCCUCCCCGAAGCCGCACCAGAAGUCCCACCGGUGAGCAGGCUGACAGAGAGCGGUCGAGGCCAGAGGAGCCCCUGCCACUGCCCCAGGCCCCUGCCACGCCUUCUAGCCCCUUUUCACCCCCUGGAGACCACCAACCCGUGUCUGACUGGGGUGAAGAGAUGGAGCUGAAUUCUCCCCGGGAUGCCCACCCGGCCAAUGCCCUGUCUCCGGAGGCGGGUACCGAGGGCCAGGAGACCGCGGAGAUCACCGACUUCCAGAGGGCCUCCCCGAAUUCCUGAAGACGCUGCUGGGAGGGGACUGAAGCUUCCCCGCCUUGAUGGGGUGGGGGCGGCAGGAGGGGGUUAGUCUGGAUUCCCAGGCUGCGCUCUCUCCUCCCCGGAGACCGCUCUGGAUCCCAUGGCUUUAGGGAGAGGGAGAAAUUGAGGGUGGUGGGGAGGAGUUGGGGAAGGGGCGUGAUUGGGUUGUGGGGUAGAGGUGGGGCUUCGGGGAGUGUUUAGACCUCAGUACACUAAGUAGCGAGGAGGUCCCGCCAGGGGCGUGGUUAGGAUGCCUGGGCGGGGCCAGAAUUCUGGUGGAUGGAGUUAGAACAUAGGGCGGCCUUAGAUGUCGGAUGGGGCCGCGUGAGCCGGUUUAGAUGGGAGUUCCUAAUGCGGGUGUGGGGUGCAGCCCUCGGUCGAGGGCGUGUUCAGUACAGUGCUAGAACUAGUGGAGUGAGGCGGAGGAAAGGGGUGGAGCCUGGACUAGAGAGCGUGAAUCCAGGGAGUGAAGAGGGUGGCUUCGAAUGCUAAGAGUCGAGUCUGAUUCAGAGGCACGUUAGAAGCGGAGCGGGCCUGCGGCUAAGGAGUGAGGGGGGGGGGGGUCUGUGAGGCCCAAACCUCGCACGGCGGUGGGGCUCGGAGGCGGGGCUAGAUGAUUAGGAGAAGUGUGAGUCGCG